AUGUCGUUCUGGGCUGUAAGUCGCGGUCUAACGCCACCGGGCAAGGUGGCGCCCAUGCUGAAUCCCAAUCAGCGUCAGUUUCUGGAGGAUGAAAUGCGCUAUCGUGAGAAGCUAAAGAUGCUGGCAGGCGGCAACGGCGAGGAUGUCUAUUUGCGUCGAGCGGAAACAGCGGACGAUCCACGUGAGAUGGACAAGCAUGAUUCGUUCUAUCACAACACCAAGAGUCUGCUGGUGUUGUUCCAAAUUAUGGGCGUUAUGCCGAUACAUCGCAAUCCGCCAGUGCGUGGUAAGCCACGCACCGGCUACUCCUGGACCUCCAGGCAGGUCAUGUGGGCCGUCUUCAUCUACAGCUGCCAGACGACCGUUGUGGUGCUGGUGCUGCGCGAGCGUGUUAAGAAGUUCAUUACCAGUCCGGAUAAGCGCUUCGAUGAGGCCAUCUACAAUGUCAUCUUCAUCAGUCUGCUGUUCACCAACUUUCUGCUGCCCGUGGCCAGCUGGCGUCAUGGGCAUCAGGUGGCCAUUUUUAAGAACAUGUGGACCAACUAUCAGUACAAGUUCUUCAAGACCACCGGCUCGCCCAUUGUGUUUCCCAAUCUAUAUCCGCUUACCUACGGCCUGUGCUUUUUCUCCUGGUUCCUGAGCAUUGCCAUUAAUCUCUCGCAGUACUUUUUGCAGCCAGACUUUCGUCUGUGGUACACCUUUGCCUAUUAUCCCAUCAUAGCCAUGCUCAAUUGUUUCUGCAGUCUUUGGUACAUCAAUUGCAAUGCCUUUGGCACUGCCAGUCGCGCUCUAUCCGACGCCUUGCAGGCCACCAUACGCGGCGAGAAGCCUGCCCAGAAAUUAACCGAGUAUCGCCAUCUCUGGGUGGAUCUUAGCCACAUGAUGCAGCAGCUGGGACGCGCCUACUCCAACAUGUACGGCAUGUACUGUCUGGUUAUAUUCUUCACCAGCAUUAUUGCCACCUAUGGCAGCAUUAGCGAGAUUCUGGACCACGGCGCCACCUACAAGGAGGUGGGACUGUUCGUCAUUGUUUUCUACUGCAUGUGCCUGCUCUACAUCAUCUGCAAUGAGGCGCAUUAUGCCUCGCAAAAGGUGGGCCUGGACUUUUCCACCAAACUGCUCAACAUCAAUCUAACGGCUGUGGACACGGCCACGCAGAAGGAGGUGGACAUGCUGCUGGUGGCCAUUAAUAAGAAUCCGCCCAUAAUGAAUCUCGAUGGUUAUGCCAAUAUUAAUCGCGAGCUAAUUACCACAAAUAUAUCCUUCAUGGCUACGUACUUGGUGGUGCUGCUGCAAUUUAAAAUCACCGAACAGCGACGCCUACAAACGAACAGCCAUUAAUUAAUUACAUUAAU